AUGAAGAUACACUGCAUUGCGAUCAUCAACCGCCAUGGCAACCCAAUCUACCUGCGCAACUUUGACAACUACCAGGAGGACGUCAAAUACCACUAUCUCGCCCACACCUCCUGCGACGUGAUCGAGGAGCGCCUGACCACCAAGGCCUCCGACCUCUACCUGGGACUCCUGCAGACCGUCGGCGACAUGGUCGUGUACGGAUACGCCAUGAACACGGGAAACAAGAUCAUCCUGGUCAUGUCGGUGCCAGAGUCGCUGGUAAGGGGUGCUGAGAUCCGCGACAUAUUCCAGCAAAUACAUGCUGCAUAUAUUGCCGUCAUCUGCAAUCCGUUCAACGAGCAGCGGAUAGAGGACAGGAUUGAGAGCAAGAAAUUCGACAAGGCCGUGGCUGAGCUUGGCCGGAUUCACGCAAAGUAA